AUGUCGCUGAAUAGUGGAUUGGGAUUUAAGCCUUUUUUAAGCAACACAAAAAAUAACCUGUUGCUGAAUGGUGGAUUCGAAUACGGGCCAGCAUUUCCCAGCAAUUCCACUGGUGGCAUUCUAGUUAAUGCAGAAUCAAAUUUAACCCAAUCGCCAAUAUAUCAAUGGGAAAUACUAGGAACAGUGAAAUACGUUAUAAACAAUAACUAUACAGUUCCACAAGGAGAUGCUGCAAUCGAGCUUGUUUCGGGGAAAUCAAGUGGGAUACAGACAACGGUUACACUCAAAAAAGGUUCCAAGUAUGACAUGGAAACUUUCGUUGGUCAUUAUAAUGAAUUGUGUAUUGGAGAACUCGCAGUGCGUAUUAAAGCAGGAUCAGACGAAUUUUAUAGGCCAAUAGGAAAGGCAGAAAAUUACCAGAGGAUUAACGAAGUAUACACCAUCACAGUAGAUUCAAGUGUUACUUCUAUUAGUAUUCAAAGUGAAGCAACAACAAAAACGAAAGAUGGUGUUCUUUGUGGCCCUGCUACUGAUAGAAUUGUUCUUCUUCCUUAUUCCUAUGGCUUGAAAUUGCAAACUAGUGUUCUUUUUGUUUGUCCUGCGUCGAUUCUCGUAAGUUUUAUGCAACUUAUUGGGUAA